AUGGCCCAACCUUAUAUUGGGUUUGUAAGAAAAAUCAAGGGCUUCAAAAUCAGAAAUUGGCUUUCUCUCUCUCCCCUUUUUUUUCGGUUUACUGGGAAGGGGAGAACAGGGGAGGGAAGCAGAGGAAGGCACGAGGAGGGGGGAAAGGGAGGUCGGGGUCUGGACGGCUCGGUACCGCCGAAAAACGCCGGUGAAGGCGACGGUGGUGGUGGUUUGUGGCGGCAGGAUGCAAGGGAAAGGGUGGGAGGUGCGAACGGAGGAGGGAAACAGGGGAGUUUGGUGGCGGGUGGUGCUUGGGAGUGGGCUGAGGUGGCUCGACGGAGAGUGCAGGCGGCGGAGGUAAGUUCACGAGAGGGUGAAGGUGGCCGGAGUGGUGGCUGCAAUGAUGGUUUGCGCGGGGAUAGGGGCGAAGGGCAGGGGAGUGCGACGGGGGGAAAUAGUAGGGGAGGCGAGGGUGGUGCGUGGGGUGGAGGACGGGUGGUCGAAUGGUGUUGGGAUGAUGGUUCUGGGUUGUGGUGGUUAUGGUGGUGGCAGACGAUGGUUGUUGGUGGUGGUUGCUCGAAUCAGAGAAGAUGA